CUUUUAUGCAAAUCUUAAAGACUUAUGUUUUAGUUUGAUAUUACCAAACCAUCGCAAACUGCGAGAAAACAUAAACAAAGUUUUGAAGCGUAAUGGAUUUCUCGGAAAAACUAUUAAUGUAAAAAUUUAUUUCAAAUAAAAGAAGAACUCUAAAAGUAAUGUUUCUUGAAUGUGCACAUAAUUCAAUGCAAAUAGAGCCAUGGCAGUGGACAUGGAAGCAUCGCCGAAUAUAACCCGGUCGCUGUCCAGCCUCCUGCAGGAGAUGUUCAUAGCGACCGACAAUGCUGACAGUAAUCGCACUAUCGUCGACGUAUCCCAGUUUCUCUCCGUUUUGAAAGUACAAUCCCGGAAUACUACACAUGAACAUCUUGAUUUUGGAGCACUAGUCAAGUUAGUGGAUGGGUUAAGGAGCAAGCUGAAUCUGACGAAACCCUCGGAAAUAUCCUGCAAUUACUGUUCUGGCAGUUUUCGUGAUGUCGUACUGACGUAUAAUGGCUUACAUGGAUACUUUAGCCUCCUUGUUUGUUUCUUCGGUAGCCUGGCGAACGCCCUGAACGUGGCAGUGCUGACGCGGCGCGACCUGGCCGCGGCGCCCAUCAACCGGCUGCUCAAGUGGCUGGCCGUGGCCGACGUGUUCGUCAUGCUGGAGUACGUGCCCUUCGCCGUCUACAGGUACCUGGUUUUACCGGGACAACGGGAAAUGCCGUACAAGUGGGCAGCGUACCUGCUCUUCCACAUGCAUUUCGCACAAAUCUUUCACACUGCUUCCAUCUGCCUCACGUUGUCGCUCGCUAUGUGGAGAUAUGUCGCUAUCAAGUACUCAGAUAUGAGUCACAUUUUAUGCACAGAGAGGAAAUGCAGCACAGCAAUACUGAGCAGCUUUAUUUUGCCGCCUAUUCUCUGUAUUCCGACAUAUAUGGUGUUUGACAUCCACACAGCUGUUGUACUGGAGCCGACCGGGCCCAUGGUUUUGUACCACGUUGACGCCGAUCAGGAGGGAAGACUCUAUCAGAUCAACUUUUGGGUGCACGCAGUGGUAAUCAAAUUGCUGCCAUGUUGCAUCUUGACAGUGAUCAGCCUAUGGUUGAUCCGCGAAGUGUACAGAGCGAAUCAGCACCAAAAGAAAGUCAGAGUUUAUUCGGCAUGUCCGACAAGUAAGAUGAUGAAGAGGCAGUACAAAGCAGACAAGCGGACGGAUCGGACGACAAAGAUGUUGGUAGCGGUUCUGUUGCUGUUCCUGGUGACGGAAGUGCCGCAGGGUAUUCUGGGGUUGCUGAGCGGUGUGCUGGGGCGGUGUUUCUUCAAGCGCUGCUACGACCUAUUCGGCGAGCUGAUGGACGCGUUGGCGCUGCUGAACGGCGCCAUCAACUUCGUGCUGUACUGCGCCAUGUCGCGCCAGUUCCGCAUGACGUUCGGCCAGCUCAUGUGGCGCGCGCACCUGCAUCGCUGGCCGCCACCGACUGCGUCGCAUUCCGAUGGACAGACCACAGCCAAAACUUCGGUUCCGUGAGGGAAGAUCGUACAAGAGAAACGAGCAAACAUCUUGCAACAAUUUCUGUAAACAUGUCGUUAGUCUUUACAAAACUAGUCAUUUACCUACUAUAAUUCUUAUUCUAAGUAUUAUACCAUAUUGAUUACAGUAUAGUUGAAAUGAUGUUUUUUACAUACGAUUUUAAAAAAAUAAUUAAAUGGAUUUUUUGCAUUCGUCUAAAACCUCUCUGUACUAUUACAUAAUUAUUUGAUAUAAUAAUUGUGAAAUGUACUUAUAGCUUAUAGGCCACCCCUAGCAGCAUCUACCGUAAGAGUUUAUAUGUAUAGCCAAUGUUGUCACUAAAAAAAGGCGCGAAAUUCAUAUUUUCUCAGGGAUGAUCAACAUUCGUGCUUACAUUUUUUAAAUUUGGUGUUUUUUUCUAGUGACGGAAAUGGCUUGACAGACUUUACUUCAGUACCUACCGGUUAACGGAAUUCUCAUUUGUAACUUUGGAUGUUACAAAAUACCUAUUAUAGUGAAAAUCUGGAGGAAAUUUACCAGCUACGCUUUAUGCGCUACUACAGCCGUCUAAGAACUUUAAAACUUUGUUGUUUUGUCUUACCACAAUCUAGGUAGGAAUUUGUUCUUAUUAUUUAGGCUUGACCGAGAUUUGGACCGUCACAUUUCGGCGCAGCUACAUGCAUCGUGAUCACGAAAAACUAUUAUUAUAUUUAUUUAUUAUUAUUCCUGUCUACAUUCCGUUAUUCAAUUGUAUACGUAGCAGUUGUAUUGUAUCGCUGUCGCUGUCUGUUCUGAAAACUUUACAUUUAUCAUGUUAAUAUUUUAAUUAAACGAAAAUUGAUAUACCAUAAAACUUUUUAAUUUUUUAAUUUUAAUCUAAAGGUCGGUCGAAUUGAACGGGAAACAAAGUUAAUU